AUGCCGAGCUAUGUGAAAUUCCUCAAGGACAUUCUAGCCAAUAAGAGAAAGAUCGGAGAAAAUGAAACAGUUGCACUAACAUACAAGUGUAGCGCUUUAUUUCAAAAUAAUCUCCCUGCUAAAAUGAAGGAUCCUGGGACCUUUACAUUACCCUGCGUCAUAGCAGGGAAGAUGGUCGGGAACGCACUGUGUGAUUUGGGUGCGAGCAUAAAUUUGAUGCCCUUGUUAAUCUUUAAGAAGCUAGACAUCGGUGAAGCCAGACUAACCACGAUUACAUUACAGUCAGCAGAUAGAUCAAUAAAGCUUCCAGAGGGUAAGAUAGAAGAUGUUCUCGUGCAGGUAGACAAGUUUAUCUUCCCGGCAGAUUUUGUUAUAUUGGAUUAUGAGGCAGAUAGAGAAAUCCCUAUCAUCCUGGGAUGCCCAUUUCUCGCCACAGGGCGAGCAUUGAUUAAUGUGCAGAAAGGAGAGUUUACCAUUCGAGUCGAUGAUCAAGAGGUAAAGUUCAACGUACUCAAUGCGUUGAAGUAUCCAGAAGAUGUGGAAAACUGUCAAUAUAUUGAAGAACUGCAGGAAGAACAGUUGCACGAACCCCUGAAGGAAAUGAAGGAGGAAGAUGUUGAAAAUGGCGCAAUAUUGGAGGAGGAUUGCGCCGCAAUUCAUGCUGAAUCUAAUUUCUAA